GACGGAUGUGCGAACUGCAAGCAAAAACGCAUCAAAUGUGACGAAACACGACCGCAAUGUAAAAAUUGUAUUGACAGACGUCUCAAAUGUCCUGGCUUUGUUCGGCAGCUCAAAUGGAAACCGAUCCCUGCUUUUAUAACCGCAUCGACAUGUGGGUCCCAGGACUCUCAAGAAACUUCUCCUGGUUGUGGCAUUUCACCCGGUGAGAUCAACAUCUCGGGCCAGGAUGUGUCUGAAGCGCAAAGAGUACAACUAUACUCUUCCAAUGCAGCUGAAAAGCCAGCCCAACCACCCAGACCGAGAGUGCAUUCGCUGCCAUCAGGCUCGGAGGAUACUUUAGAUCAGCUUGGGUCCACGCAAGGCCCGGACAAGCAAUACUUAACGGCCCCUUUCUCUCAUCAAGGUCGGGAAGUGGCCACUGUCGCAUCGAAAGACACGCAGUCACCUGCCAAACAGUUGUCUGAAACGUUGGCGCAUCUCGAUGACACCUGGCUAUACGAAUCAACCAAUCUCGCCUCGGUCACCGAUCUACCUGGCAUCAACAAUACCGCUGAGAAGUUCAAUCACGAAACCACACAGCCGGCCCAGUCAGACCCCUGGAAAACGUCUUUUUCCACUAUGCCGCUGCCUAACAAUGCGCUGCUCGAUUCAGAAACGAAAAAUGCCUUGACAACACAUUACUUUGACUUCAUCUGCCAGAUAGUGUCAUGCUUCGAUUCUCAUGAGAGUCCCUUCCGUGCUGAUAUCCCUCAAAAGAUGCUUACUUGCGAGUACAUACAUGACUGCGUUGUUGGUAUGUCAGCAGCACAUCUGGCCAAUUCCGUAUCGGGGAUGGACAACAUAGCUCUGCGUCAUCAGAAUCGAGCCAUGUUCGCGCUUUCAUCAGUCAUUGAUUCCUUGUUUACCUCAAGAGACGGUGGGAGUAAGCAGUAUUGGCUAUCAUGUUCGUCCACAAGAACUACCAGAUAUCACGCACUUCUGGCGUGUCUCUUGCUGAAUAUGAGCUCGGCUUGGUAUGACUCUUCUUUGACGGGUCUCACGCAUCUGUUUGGAGCACGCCUGCUAUUUCAAGCAUGGAUAGUCGAUGAAGGGUUGAAAGUUGGAGGAGAUCAGCCUUCGCUGUUGACACGCGAGCAGAGUUUUAUCGUUGGUGCAAUGGCGUUUCUGGAAUGUCUGGCAUCUAUCAUCAUCGACCAACCAAUUGACGUCUUGAAGUAUCUGCAGCCAUUCGCCAACGUCGCUGAGGGUCAACGGAUUUAUCCAAAUCCUUGGACCGGCGUCAGCACACCUCUGUUCAUCAUCCUGGCCGAGGUGGCUACACUCAUAAGACAGAAGCGAAACCUCAAAGCCUUGAGCUCUGCUGAAUCACCAGCCGACUCAUUGUCUGGAUUAGAUGAAAAAAUGAACAAGCAUGCUGCUCAGCUGUUUGCUUCGGCACUCGCGCAUCGCACUCCUGCUAGGGCGAAAAUGGAAGAGACUAAAGAUUCGAAAACGCCUUUGGAUCAUCUCAUCGGCAUGGAUUGCAUCUUCCGCUUUGUAAUCCUAUUAGAGCUCUCGCAAAUCUUCCCUGACGUUGUCCUGAGUAACGACACCCAGAUUCUCGACACGACGGAAACACAACGAGAAGCUGAGAAAGUGGCACUGAAUUUUGCUAUAGCGGCCCUGAGAUUGAUCUCCGACUUACCAAAGACGUCUGGAACGUUAAUAAUGUUGACCAUUCCUCUUGUAUCUGCUGGAAGUACUUUGCAGAACCUCGAAAGCUAUCAUUGCGAUUACAAUUUCGACUCUAGUUCGUUCAGCGGCUUACGCAAGGAUGUGUCAGAUCUCAUCAACCAGCCGCUCCCGAUAGCUGCAUGGCGGGAUCAAGUUGAGCUGCGAAUAGCGCAACUGGAACGCCGGGUGGGUCUAGCGCCGGUGCGCAGGAUGAGAGAACUUUUGGAGGCCGUUUGGCGACAGGCCGAUGAGACAGACGUGAGUCGCGGAUACUCGUUGCGAAAGCAUGUCCACUGGAUGGACGUAAUGAUAGACGAGAAGCUGGAGACGCUCAUGGGAUGA